CGUCAAAUAUUUUACAUAGCCGUUGUGUUGCGAAAAACAACAAGGAUUGCACGUAUCACGUUUCAGUGCAUCGGUAGUAUUAUAAGUAAAAUAACCAUUAUUUAAACAAAAAUCGUAUCCUUCCUAAAUGUGAGUCUAUUAAAGAACGCUAAAAUGGACGUCGGCACAUAUUUAAAAGCGUUUGAAGGGAACUUGAACACAUACUCCGGAGACGAUCCGCUUGAUCCAUGGGAUAGAUUUGUGCAGUUUCUAGAGGGGAAGCUGCCUCUCGAAGAAAGGAAAGGCAUGUCUGUUGUACUUGAUCGUCUUGUUGAAAGAUUUAUGGAAGAUGAACGCUACCAUAACGACCCCCGAUACGUCGAUCAUUGCAUUAAAUGUGCCAGCUUUUAUGAUGAUCCCAUCAAAGUGUACAGUUAUGUGCACAGCCAGGGCAUUGGAACCAGAGUGGCGACUUUGUAUAUUGCUUGGGCGCAGCAAUUUGAGAAAAUUGGUCAGUUGUCGCAAGCUGAAGCAGUCUAUCAGAGAGCUGUGGAGAACCAGGCCAAACCUGUAGACACAGUGCUUCAGCACUACCGGAAGUUCCAGAGCGAGGUGUUAAAGCUUCAGACGGGCUCAACUGAUGUGCCUAGGAAUCCUCUUCAAAAUUCACAAUUAGCCAAUCAACAAUCUCGUCCAAGAGAAAUUUUUCAGCCGCAGUGCAAGGAUCAGGAUCCACCCCAGUUCCCAGAUGACAGAACAGUUCGUAUAAUCUCCAAGUCUGAAAAUAACCCAUCCGACCAGCCCAAAGCCCAGAGUGGACCUGUGCAGCAGAUAUCCAUGUACUGUGUGAGUGAGCUAGUCUGCGAGGACUCGGAGUACAGCUUUGAAGAACUGAGAGCUCUUCGCUACUGGGGAAAAUGUAAGCAGCAAGCCGAGUUGCAAGAAAUAGAGGAAGGCCAGAGGAAGGCUCGAGAGUCUGAGGAGGAGGUGAGACGAAUGCAAGAACUGCUGAACCAACUGGACAGCAAAUCCCCCAUUCAACCAGCGGAGUCACAAGCACCCAACAGGCCUUAUGGCAUGCUGCAGGAGGAUCAGGCUCUGGCAUCAGCAGCAUUGCGGCCAGAGCAAGCGCCACUGCCGGCCAGACCCGCAGCAGCACUUGGCAGUCGGCUGUCUCUUAGCCACCGACCAGCUCCGACCUUCAGGCCCAGUUUGGCUCUGCAGCCCCGUCUGGACCUGGGUGCUCGUCGAAAGUCCGAGCCGCCCACCUCUGCCUUGGGGGGCUCGGCCAGUUCACUCAGGUCCCUCCUACCACCUGGUCGCCUGUGUCCCCUGGAGGAAGCAGAGGCCUCGCGCUGUGAGGUUGACUCCCCCCAUCAGAUUUCAGGGUCGGCACGCCGCUCGGCCCAGCCAGAGGGCCCAUCCUCCUCACUGCCACCAGCUGUAGCCCUGGUCACCACCGCGUCCUCCCUGCAGCCCUGGCAGACUUCCCUCCUACACCACCAGACAAGUGAUGGAGCAGAGAGCACAGGUACUCUCCCCAUCCAUCGCCAAGCAAGCCCGGCUGAGGUCCCCUGCGGAGCCUUGGUCCAGCGCAGCCACUGUGUCCUGAGCAGAGCUGAGCCCGUCCACAUCUACAGCAGCAGUUUCCAGCAGCCCCUCGAGGAAGGAGAUCAUGAUGUCUCAAAACAUGGGGAGGAUGAGGAGAGUUACAGAGAAGGCGCCAACAACGUGUCACUGGUGGGCCAGGGGAACCACUCCCACGUCACUCCUAACAACUCCUUGGGAUACGUCCAGGCGACUCCGUCUCGAGUUCUCCCCUCCCCCACGGUCCACACGCGGGAGGCACUCGAUCUGAUCAUGGACAUGUUCCAAGCCCCAACCUUUGUGGCAGAUGGCCUUUCUCAGAUUGCAGAGGAGGGUCUAAACUUAGGCCAUUCAAAAAACGAUAAACCAGCUGUGCCACUGCCUUCUGCUGCUUCUGCUUUUUUCACCAUAUUCCAGGAUGAAGAUGACAAGGAGAAUGGAGGACAAGUUGCGGGAGACAAACGAAAACCAUUGCAGACCAGGGCAGAAAUCCCAUUACCUGAACCAUCACAGCAGAACGAAACUCCUGUUGGUGUGGACUUUAUGACUGACGUGACGAUGUGGGGAUCGCGGUACCACUCUCUGGCCGCCUGUCCCAACAGCACCCGAGACUUUGCCCUGUCGGCCCACCUGGUGUCCACGCCAUUCCACCUCGGCGCACCGCACCCCCUAGAGCAAGAGUCCGAUCAAGAAAAUGAUGCACCUACGGUCUUUGGAUCUGAUGAAAACCACCCCUUCACGCGCCAGCUCAACAAACUCAGCCCCAUCAUAGAGCAGAGCCCAGUGGAUGAUAAGCUGACUUCAGCGCAGUGCACAGCUGGAGCCCAGGGUACCAUCGUGGGUGAGGCGUUGGCACCCGCCGAGCAGCAGCUCCACCAGAGUCAGAGCCAGACCGGCUACACCAGCUCCCUCUGCGCCCACCCCCUGGCCGCCCUCUCGUUCCCAGACCACACCGUCGCACCCACCGAAGAGGAAGGAGCGUCUAAGAUGGCUUCCACAACCCCCAAAUCUAGCUGGACCAUCUACCAGAGCCCAGAGAAGCCACUCCAGGACCCCUCAAAGGGCCAAUCCUUUCUCCAAGAAAUGGAAGCGGAUGUGCCCACGGCCCCAGAGCGAGUCCCGGCCGCCCACUCGUUUCUCUCCAAGACCUCUUUUCACGCUCCGCAGACGGAGAACCUCUUUGCUGAAAGCCAGGAUUUAUUCCACAGGUCACACCAUGAUGUUCCAAUGAGUCCAGAGCCGGCCCCACGGCCACCUCUAGAUGUUGCCAUGAGUCCAGCAGCGCCUGCUUCCAGACCGAUCCAGGAUAUCCCCAUGAGUCCUGAUCCAGCAGCAACGUUUGACUGGUUCAAACUGGACAGCCCUGUGGCUGACCCUGAGCCGUAUAUGGAUCACGUAUUCAUGAAGAGUUCCACCAGAGCGGCGCAUCGGAGUCUCUCUACCAGUUUGGCUUGCUCUCGGCAGGAGGUGCCUAUGCCAGCGAGUCCAGCCAAGAGGCCUGAGAUGUGCCUGGAUGUACCCAUGAGCCCCGAGCAAACACCUGCUCCUCAUGUCCUCCCUGCAGGUACACCUGCCCCUCAUGUCCUCCCUGCAGCCCCUUUCCAUCUGGUCUCAGACCCUUGGGAUGAUGAGCUCAUCACCUCCCUCCUCUCCAGACUUGCCACACCCCUCACCUCGUACCCAAAUGUCACCACAUGGCAAUUCAACCUCCCCACCGUCUCCCCAAAGAUGACCACCACCAUGGCUGGCCAAUCCUUCCGAGUGGAUUUUGUCCUUGGCCAGGGUGCUUUUGCAACCGUCUAUCAGGCCACAAACCUCACCACAUCAGAGAAGCUCUUCCUGAAGGUGCAGAAACCAGCCAACCCGUGGGAGUACUACAUCAACAUGCAGCUGAACCUGCGGCUCAAGCCCAGCGUGCGGCACCUCUUCAACAACAUCCACUCAGCACACCUCUUCAGGAACGGCAGCAUUUUAAUUGGGGACCUCCACAACUGUGGCACCCUUCUGAAUGCCAUAAACCUGUACAAGAGCCGCAGUGAGAAGGUGAUGCCCCAGGCACUGGUGCUCUACUUCACCUCCUGUAUCCUGCACAUGGUGGACCAGCUGCACAGCGCGCGCAUCGUCCACGCCGACAUCAAGCCCGACAACUUCCUGCUCGGGGAGACGUUUCUGGAGAACGAGUGCUUCGAUCCGGAGAACUGUGAGCACGGCCUGGCCCUGAUUGACCUGGGCCAGAGCAUCGACAUGAGCCUCUUCCCAGAGGGCACGGCCUUCACGGCCAAGUGCAUGACCUCAGCCUUCCAGUGCACCGAGAUGCUGAGUGGCAGGCCCUGGAACUACCAGACAGACUACUUUGGCAUUGCAGGCACCGUGUACUGCAUGAUCUUCGGCUCAUACAUGCAAGUGAAAAACGAGAAUGGUGAAUGGAAGCCCAGUGGAACGUUCAAGCGGAACCCACACAGUGAGUUGUGGCAGGAGUUCUUCCACGCGCUCCUGAACGUGCCCGACUGCGGCUCCCUGCUGUGUCUGCGGCGUCUGCGCAGCCGCGUGCACACGGAGCUGCAGAAGCACUACGGGACCAAACUCCGGGGCUUGAAGAACAGACUGGUGGUGCAGCUGCUGGAGGCUCGGUCCUCACGCAGAUAACCCCAGCCAUGCUGUUUACACACACACACACACACACACACACACACACACACACACACACACACACACACACACACACACACACAUAUAUACAACAACAGCAUACAGACAGCUGACCAUGGCGAUAUAUGCAGACACACAUGUGUACACACACACACACACAUAUACACACAUAUACAACAACAGCAUACAGACAGCUGACCAUGGCGAUAUAUGCAGACACACAUGUGUACACACACACACACACACACACACACACACACACACACACACUUCAGGGAUGUACUGAGACUUGCUGUAGCAGCACUCCUUGUUUGUGUUGUUUCGGCUGAUUUUAUUUAGUGUCUUUAACCUAAGUCUUUUUUAUUUAUAUGUUAGAGUUGACAUACUGGCAUAAGCCAAUCCUGAAAAGGCUCUAGUAAUCUGCGUUCCUGGAUGUUUUGAAAUGCUCCAUUAAAAAAAAAAGAAGAAGAAGAAUGUAAACUGUUUUUAAAAAAAGCGAAAACUAUGAACAUUAGAAAAUGUAAAAUUGCAAACAGAAAUGUGUAAAUAUGCUUUAACUAUGUCCUCAGUAUUUGUCCAAAAUCCAUUUAUUUGGCCAAAAAUGGCCAUUCAAAACAUGGAUGAUGUAUUGGAUUGAAUGAUUGCUCUCAUUUUAGUCCUAUUUUACACUGAUUUUUGUAUUUUUAUUUUUUAAGAAACAAAUAAAUCGCUCAAGUCACAUUA